AUGACAGAUCCUUCAGUGGUGGAUCACAUGGCCCAACUGAAACUCAAACUCCUAGAAAAGAGACUAGAAAAGGAACAGGAGAACCUAGGGAAGAUGGAUUCACCUGUCCCAAGAGCAAGGAACAGACAGGAGGAUAUGCUUCAAAGUGCCCUGAGGCGAAGGAAAGAUCUCCUGCAGGAGCUUAGGGACCAGCACCUUCUGGAAGAGCUGUCACAACCUCCUGCACUGGCUGGGGGACACCUUAGGAACUGCAGAGCUGCCCCCCCCCCCAUCUACCAGUUACCUUUUCCAGCACCCCAAGCAGAGGCACCAAGGAUUAUCCAGCAGGUGAUGCCUCCUCAGCCUGCUACUAUCAUCCAGCAGCUACCACAGCUGCCCCCGCUGAUAGCACAGAUACCCCCUGCCCAGCCUUUUGCAGCUCCCCGCUCUGGAAGCAUUAAAGAAGAUAUGGUAGAGAUGAUGCUGAUGCAGAAUGCACAGAUGCACCAGAUCAUCAUGCAGAAUAUGAUGCUGAAGUCUCUGCCAUCAGUGGCAUUCACACAGCCUGCUGGAUCCAGCUCUCCCCUGCUUCAGCACACACAACAGGACCUGCAGCUCGCCACUCCCAUGGCCAUGAAAACAGACAGGCCCCAGCUGUCCGCAGUGCAUCACCACCACCAUUACUCUCCCCCGGGGCUGCUACCCCCAGCCAUGCCUGCUGGUCUCCUGAUGCCAAGCGAAAGGCUCCCACCCACAUCCUCAGCUAGUCAUUGGGCCAGCAGCAUGCUCCCAGCUGUGCAGAUCUACCUUCCACCAUGA